AUGUGUGUGAGUGAUGAAGAUGAUUCUAAUGGUGGUGAAGCUGAUUCUAAAGAUGAUUCUGAAAAUAAUUCUGAAGCUGAUGAAGAUGAUUCUGAAGAUAAUUCUGAAAGUGAUUCUGAAUGUGAUGAAGAUAAUUCUAAUGAUGAUUCUGAAAGUGAUAGUAGUCCAACAUUGCUGCCUUCAUCAGUUUCUCGUUGUCCAUGGACGGUACAUUUUCACCCUCCACCCGCACAACAAUUUCAGUCGUCAAGAAAGUGUUCUGGUGUAUUACCAUCAUCUCCUAUUCAAACGUUUAGAAGACUCUUUAGUGAUGAUGUUAUCAAUCUGAUACGUCAACAAGCAAAUAUUUAUGGAACGCAGAAAUGUCAGAAAUCAGAAAAUAAGACUAAUGGGACUGAUGUUACAAAAGCUGAAAUAGAACAAUUCCUUGGCAUUAACAUCAUUAUGGGAUAUUGCAGAAAUCCAUCAGUCGCCAAUAAUAUUCGUCAACAAUUUAUCAUAUGUAACGAUUGUAGUUUAGUAUUAACCUGGACAGCAUCAGAUGGUACAAAUGUAAUGAAAAAACAUGCACCUGUUUGUUCAAAAACAAAAGAAUGUCAACCACAAAAUCAACCUCGUAUAACAUCAAUGUUUAAACCAACUGCUACAAUAACACCUGGACAACUUCGUUUUUUGAAGAACAAAAUACUUGGUGGUGCUACAGAACUUUGUGUACUCGAUGCACAUCCAUUUAGUAUUAUUAAUGGUGAUGGAUUUAAAGAAUUUUGUCAAAAAAUAUAUGAUGCUGGUAAACAUUGUGGUAACAUGGUUGAUUUUAAUCAAUUGCUACCUCAUUGUACAACGUUAGAGAACGAUUGGCCAGUUCAAGUUGAACACUAUAUUGCAGCAGUUUUACAUCCACAAUUUAAACACUUAGAUAUUUUCAUUAAACAAAUUCGACGGCAUGCACAUGAAUUAGUUAAAAAUAAAAUUCAAACUUAUCCAACAACGUCUUCAUCAUCAUCAACAACAAAUUUAUCAAAUGAUACUGAUUUGUUCCCCUCACUUUAUGAUAAACCAAAAGAUACCAUUAAAAAGAGAGAAUUUGAAAUGUACCUCAAUUCAGAUCUACGAUUGCAAGAAGGUGAAGAUUUAUUAAAAUUUUGA